AUGGCAAAAAGACCUCAUCAACCAAGCGUCGCCUUUGAGAAGGAUGUCGAACCAGCUAGGUCAGUCAGGGUGCUGGACUAUGCUUGCGGCCCUGGCACCAUCACACAUGCUCUUGCUGGCCGUGCAACCGAGUACAUCGGAAUGGAUUUCAGCGAGAACAUGGUCAAAGCCUACAACCUGCGCUACAACCCUGUCUCCGACGCCUGCGCUGCAAAUCCCCUGGACGGCGACGACGGCGACGACCAAAAGCUAAACGCACACGCCGUCGUAGGUAACCUAUUGGACCCGAAAGGUACGCCAGCGGAAUUCGACGAUCCGAAGUAUAGAGACUUCGACCUUGUGGUCGUCGGUAUGGGAUUCCAUCACUUCUCCGAUCUUCCUCUGACCAUGUCCCGGCUUCUGGACCGCCUGAGACCCGGCGGUGUCUUCCUGAUCGUUGAUUUCCUCAAACACGCUCCACUGAACUACGAGAAGGACCACCCUGCCGCACACACCGUCGCACACCAUGGGUUCACUGAGUUGGACCUCAAGCAGAUCUUUGAGGCGGCUGGCUUGACCGAGUUUGGGGUCCGAGUCUAUGGUGAGAAGGUGAUCCUGAAGGGAAUUGAGCCGAGAGAAAUGUUGUUGGCAAAGGGGACAAAACCGAAAGGUGGCCAGGGAGCCUUACUUUGA